AUGUUGGGACCGCGGGCAGGGCGCUCCGCCGCCGAUCAGCGAGGCCCGGGGCUCCCCCGGCAGCCGCCACCGCCUCGGCCCAGCCGCCCGCCCCUCUCAUGUGACGGCGGAGGGCGGAGAGGGAGCCGGCCCGGCCCAGCCCCGCCGCCGCCUUCUCCGCGCCACCGCAGGGUCGCGGCCACCGCCGAGCUGUGUUACCCCCCCCGCCAGCGCCCCGGCCCAGCCUCCCGCCCGCCUCCCUGUGCGGUGUUCCCUCCCCAGCGAGCCCCGCAACGCGGCCUGGCAGCGCCCAGGCCCCUGAAGCGGCUUCCCCGGGGGCUCUUGGGGGUCGCCGGGGCGGUCGGGAGCGGGGGGACCCGGGGCUGUGGGGCUGCCGUUGGGGACCCAUUGGGGUCGUGUUUUGGGGUCUGCAGGAGCCAGAAAAUGCCUGCAGGCACCCGGCUGGCUUUUUGGGGGAGAGCGGGAGGAGCCAAAGUGUCUGUGGGAUAUUUAAAGUCUUCAGUAAAGAUCUUCAGUGAGUUACCUACCAUGGGAGUCAGGAUAUCAGCAGCCUCCAAAGUCUGUAAAGAAAGGAAGCUGUGGGAGGAAAGGGUCAGCCAACAGGAAAAUAUCGGGUUUUUCAUUUUCCUUUUGGAGGCUGGCAUGGGACAGAGCACCGUCGAGGAAGCCGAGUCAGGAACACUCACCUCUUGACACCACUGCUGAUAGGUGGUUAUUACAGCCCAUUGUGCUGAGAGCGGAGGUCUGGCUCUGACAGCUGCUCCAGUGAUAAACUGUUUUACCUCGCCUAAAAAUCAUAAGCAUCACAAACCUUUAAAAUACUCCUCUGACUUUCCUAUUUUAAAUUAAAUAUUGUUAUAAGUUUAGUAAGUUAUAAAAAGGAUAUGAUUACAUAAAACCAGCAUCACCUUGGUAAGAGAUUCAUUAUUAAAUGUGUGUCUAUAAAGUGCAACUACAGGAUGAUGUAAAAUAAGUGUGAAUGCAGAUGAACUGACUGGCUUUGAAUAUUUUUGUACACUGAGCAAAUUGUUAAUUUACAUUAGUGGGGAAUCUGAUUCAUUUUAAAAAUUCUAAUUUUAUAAUUGAUCACAGAUUGCUUACAUUUAAUUUGUGUUGGUUUACACCUUUAUAUAGAAUAUAUUCCUUUAUUUUCUUGUU